AUGACCGCCCAACGCCCCGGCCCUGCCUUCCCCAGUGGGCCCGUCGGUGAUGGCCCCGCCGCCGCCGCCGCCCCCGGCACCCGCUCCUGGAGCCUCAUCUACCGCGACGGCUUCGACUACUGCACCCAGCGGCCCCGCCACCCCGCCGACGACCUCCUCCUCGGCGGCGGCUGGGCUCGCUCCUCCCACCAGGGCCGCGACGCCGUCGGCGACGCCUGCGACGACUCCGUCGACGUCUACACCGUCGCCCAUCUUGCCGGCGUCUUACCCGCCAUCUUUUCCCCUCGCUGGGGUCCUUCCCCGGCCCCUUCCUGCGUCUGGUCCGGCAUCAUCGCCGUCACCGGCGACGGUCUGCCCUUUGUCGGCCGCCUCCCUCCCGCCGUCACGGGACGCCUCCCCGCUGAUACCGCACCCAGCUGCGGCGAUGGAGGCGGUGGUAGCGGCGGCCAGACUACCCCUCCUUCUGCCGGAGAGUGGAUCGCCGCGGGAUACAACGGCGAGGGCAUGGUUUACGCCUGGCUCUGCGCCAGCGCAUUAGCAGUCAUGAUUGCAGGCAAGCAAGAUGACCAUAUGCCUCCCAGAAUCGGAGUGCCUGGUGGUAAAAUGCAAGAUUGGUUCCCUACCGAGUUGUUUGUGAACGAGGCAAGGCUGCGGCGCGCUACAUUAAGUCUUGAUCCCGCCUUGGUCUUCGCCCCUCCUCCGUCAUUCCCGCAGUCGUGA